AUGGCCAUGGCAUUUGUGGCGUCGGCACCUGGCGCUGCCCCGGGAGCUCAGGCAGUCCGUCAGCAUGCCUCGCUGGCAGCCCGCCAAGAUCUGGGUGCAGGUCCUACCUCGCAACGGGCCAUUGGCGCUUGGACGCUGGCAGGGGCGCUGGGAAUUGCUGCUGUGCAGGCCCGCCGCGGCAGCCGCAGCGGCCGUGGCCGUGAGGCCCGAGUGGCCCGCGCUGUAGGCCAGGGCGGGAGCAAGCGGAUUUUGGUGAUGGGCGGCACUCGCUUCAUUGGCUGCUAUUUGGUCGCGAAGCUGCGCGAGCUCGGGCAUAAGGUUGUGGUUUGCAACCGCGGAAAGACCAACGGUGGAAAGCCAGAGCGGCUUCCCGGCGUAAGUGACGCUGAGUACGCGAAGAUGUUGGAGGGAGUGGACGUCCUCAUUGCCGACCGGAAGAACCCGGACCAGCUGCGAACGGCGGUGUCAGCGGCUGGACAGUUUGACAUUGUCUUCGACAACAAUGUGCGCACACUUGCGGACAUCGAGCCCUUGGUUAGGGGCAUCAAGGCGAAGGGUGGCUGCCAGCAGUUCAUAAUGAUGAGCAGCGCUGGGGUCUAUGGUCCCACGGAUGUUCUGCCGCUGAGCGAGUCGACCCCGGGGGACCCCAACUCCCGGCACAAGGACAAGCUCGCGUGUGAGCAGUACUUGGCAGCUGAAGGUCUGAAUUGGACAUCCAUUCGCCCCGUCUACAUUUACGGGCCUCUGAACUACAACCCGGUCGAGCGAUACUUCUUCGACCGAGUGUCGCGGAACCGCCCAGUUUGCAUCCCGUAUGGGGGCAAGUACAUCACCCAGCUGGGCCAUUGCGAAGAUCUGGCGGAUUUCAUGGCGAAGUGCGUUGGCAACGCUGCCGUUUCGGGCCAAGUCUUCAAUGUGUCCAGCGAGGAGUACGUCACCUUUGACGGCAUGGCCAAGGUCUGCGCUGCGGCGGCCGGCGUCGGAGAACCGAAGAUCGUGCACUACGACCCCAAGUCAGUGGAGGUGCCGAAGGACUUCCCGAAAGCCUUCCCCUUCCGCGGGAUGCACUUCUUCGCCUCCAUCGAGAAGGCGAAGCGCCAAGUCCCAAGUUGGAGGCCGAAGUACAACAUGUUUGAAGGGCUGAAGAGCUCCUUCGAAUUGGAUUAUUUGGCCCGGGGCUUCGACAAGAAGGAUCCCGACUUCCGCACGGACGACCUGAUUCUUCAGAAGGCUGGUGUGUCGGCAGGGGCCUCGAGCACUUCGUCUUCAGGAAAUGUUCGACAUGGAAUUGGAUAUCCGUAUUCUUUCCAGAAAGACGCCUAUGCAGACCUGCAGUACGGAAAUGAUGUGGGAUACCUCCCCGACGGCACGCCCAUGAAUGCAGCUGGGAAUGCCAUCAACCACCCCGAAACUAUCCAGCCCGAUCCUCAUUCACCUGGAUCGCCUUUGCCCAGAGCCAUUUUUGCCAAUGAUGUGGGCUACCUGCCAGAUGGAACACCUCUGAACAGAGCUGGCAAUGCGAUUAACCAUCCGGAGACCAUUGGGCCAGACCCGCACUCACCCGGCUCGCCUUUGCCUGCCUCUGCCUACGCAGCGGAAGUCGGGUACCUCGUUGAUGGUACGCCGAUUGCCACGGCCGGCAACAACUCCCUGCGGUUCGGGUACCGCGGCCAAGUGGCCCAAGGCCUCCGCGACGGGCUGGGGGAGCUGCGGCUGCCGAGCGGUGCUGUGUACCGCGGACAGUGGGAACUCGGGGUCAGGUCUGGCCACGGCGAAUGGCAGCACCCAAAGCGGGGCAGCUACCUGGGCCAGUGGAAGAACAACCAGAUGCACGGCGAGGGCCUUCUGAAGGCCAACGGGGUGAAGUACCAGGGCACCUUCAGCGAGGGCCGCUUCCACGAGGAGGGCGAGCUCUGCCUCGCGGACGGCACCGUGUUUGCGGGCAGGUGGCGGAAGGGUCUUGAGCAUGGCCUGGGCCGCCUGCGGCUUCCGGAUGGAAAAUGCUACGAGGGCCAGUGGGUGAAAGGCGAAGUGGAGGGCCAGGGCACGCUUACCUAUGGUGAUGGCCGCAAGCGCUAUGUCGGCCAGUUCCGUGCGGCCAAGCCCCACGGCCACGGCUGCAUGGCCUACGCUGACGGCAACGCGUACGAAGGACAAUGGCAAUAUGGUGUUCCUGCCGGCAAGGGCAGGUGGACUGUAGGGGAUGUACAGGCAGCUUUUACGCCUGUCAGCUCAGUGCGGCCAUCGCCGCGGCAGCGCGCGGCGGCGCCGGGUGCAGGUUUUACCGAGAGCUCGUCAGAACUGGGGUCCGUCGACACCCAGGAGAUCAAUUUUGAGGAGCUCCAGGGUGCUGGGCUCAGGGGGUUCGGAAGGAACUGUCAUCUCUGCUCUGCGAAGGAGCUUGGGGCAGCCCCAAGUGUCUUGAAGAUCCUGGAGGUCUGUGAAGAACACCUGGAGGCCAUGCAGCUGAAGGAUUUGGAUGCCGUAAACGUGUCCACAGCGCUGCACCGCAUCGCCAAGAAAAGCGACAGCGAGGUGAAGGACCCCCGCUUCGGUGCCCUGCUGCGGCGUUUGCCGCUUUUGCCUUCGGGGGGGCCGCAGUGCCUUGCCAGCGCCGCGCGGGCAUCGGCAAAGACCAAGGCGCGUGAGGAGCCGCCCAUGGCAGCGCUUUAG